UGAGUAACUAUGUAGCAAUGGCGGACUCUGACAUGCCGAAAGCAGAUGGCGACGGAAAGCAAAUCAAAGAGGAGACUACACCUGAGAUAGAGAUUAAAGUAACUGAAGAUCCUGAAGACAAAGUGCAAGAAGCAGAAAAGCUUAAAGAAAAGGCCAAUGAGUUUUUCAAAAAUGAAGACUAUAACCAGGCGAUUACAUUCUACACACAAGCAAUAGAGCUGAAUCCAGAUGUGGCUACCUACUACUGUAACAGGAGCUUUGCCUACCUGCGCACAGAGUGCUUUGGUUAUGCCCUAAAUGAUGCUGGCCGAGCACUUCAGCUUGACAGGUCCUAUAUUAAGGCCUAUUACCGACGAGCAUCAGCCAACAUGUCGCUUGGCAAAUUCAAGCUAGCACUACGAGAUUUAGAAACAGUAGUGAAGGUCCGACCUAACAACAAAGAUGCAAGAGCGAAGUUCAAUGAAUGCCAGAAGAUAGUACGGAUGAUGGCCUUCCAGAAGGCCAUAUCAGUAGAGGACAGCAAGUCUGUGGCAGAGCAGAUUGAUCUAGCUGCAAUGAGCAUUGAUGAUGACUAUGCUGGACCAACCUUUCAGAAUGGAACAGUCACUGAGGAGUUUGUCAAAGAACUCAUGGCAACAUUCAAAGAUCAAAAAAGUUUACAUAGGAAAUAUGCAUACCAGAUAAUCCUGGAGUGUAAAAAAUUGUUUAUGAGCCAGCCUGCAUUAGUCGACAUUACAGUACCAGCAGGAGAGAAGUUCACGAUAUGUGGUGACAUCCAUGGACAGUAUUAUGAUUUACUUAACAUAUUUGACUUGAACGGACCUCCAUCAGAGAAAAAUCCAUAUCUUUUCAAUGGUGACUUUGUAGAUCGAGGCUCCUUUUCAGUAGAAUGUAUUCUUCUGUUAUUUAGUUAUAAACUUCUUUACCCAAACCAUUUCUUCAUGGCCAGAGGUAACCAUGAGAGCUUCACCAUGAACCAGAUGUAUGGCUUCGAAGGCGAAGUCAAGUCAAAAUAUACUGCCCAGAUGGCUGAGCUGUUCACAGAGGUCUUCAACUGGCUACCCCUGUGUCACUGUAUAAAUAACAAAAUUCUAGUAAUGCAUGGGGGUUUAUUCAAAGAUGACACAACAACUCUAGAUGAAAUUAGGCAGCUUCAAAGAAAUCGACAACCUCCUGAAAGUGGUGCCAUGUGUGAACUUCUGUGGUCAGACCCGCAGACUGUCUGUGGCCGCAGUGAAAGCAAACGAGGGGUGGGCACCAUGUUUGGACCUGAUAUCACCAAAGCCUUCUUACAACGCAAUAAACUUGAUUACAUUGUGAGGAGUCACGAGGUGAAACAGGAGGGAUAUGAGGUGGCUCACGACGGCAAGUGUAUAACCGUGUUCUCCGCCCCGAACUACUGUGAUACUAUGGGCAACAAAGGUGCAUUCAUCAACAUCAGAGGGGAUGAUUUGACGCCCAAAUUUACGUCCUUCAGUGCAGUGCCACAUCCCAACGUCAAGCCUAUGGCCUAUGCAAGCUCCUUGUUCAAUAUGUUUGGAUGAUGGACCAAUCACUUAGUGACUUAUUAAUGAAGUGUGUAAAUCUGAGGAUGACAACUGUGUGGGAGAGAGUGAGUCAUGGUUACUACAGAUCAAGGACUGUCAAGUUCCUGGAAGAUUUGGGCAGUAACAGAGGAGGUUGGGCACUUACCCUUGAAUGUAAGGGCAGUAACAGAAUUUGGUGGGGGAAGGGGGGCACUUACCCAUGGAAGGUUAGGACAGUAAACAGGGGGGGGGGGGGCACUUACCCUGGAGGGUUGGGGCAGUAACAGAAGAGGAUGGGGGAAUGGGGGCAUUUACCCUUGAAUGUUAGGACAGUAACAGAUGUGGGCACUAACCCUAGAGUGUUAGGACAGAAACAGAUAGGGGCACUAACCCUAGAGUGUUAGGACAGAAACAGAUAGGGGCACUAACCCUAGAGUGUUAGGACAGUAACAGAUUGGGGCACAAACCCUAGAGUGUUAGGACAGAAACAGAUAGGGGCACUAACCAUAGAGUGUUAGGACAGUAACAGAUGGGGGCACUAACCCUAGAGUGUUAGGACAGUAACAGAUAGAGAGGGACACACUGAUCCUGAAGGAUUAGGCAGCAACAGAAGAUGGAAAGGAGGGACGUCCCGAUGUGUGUCAGUGUCUUGAUUCUCUAGGUAAACAUUGGUGACUUAUCCCCAAGUGUGUAAGUCUUGAUGCUCUGGUAAAGCAUUUGCACCGACUUUUGGCAAGGUGUGUCAGUGUCUGUACAUUGGUAUAUUGUGUGUUGUUGCCUGUAGGAAUACUUGUAAUCUUUACCCAUCAAUAUACAUGUACGGAUUUUGUAGUUUAAGCAAUGACAGUAAACAGUAACUGUGACUUUUUGAAGAAUACUGGUAGAUUUAAGAGUAAAAAUGGAAAUGGGAAGACUUGACCUGCCUUUCUGAAUCAAUCAAGGCUUGCUGUAUUUAGAUGCAUAGAGUGUUAAGCUGCCUGCCUCCUCUGUUACUUCCACGUCUAGGAACAGCCCAAUUGUUGGACCAUAGUGAGUUGUCAGAACUGUUGUUACGUACCGCAAUAUUACUCAUUACGAUUAGCGCUCGGUGAAAGUGCUACCAUUAGCUCAAUCAUGUAUGCAUGGUAUGAUAUUAUGUAGAAACUUUGAAUGACAUGUAAGUUAUUCUUGACUCUUAAUACAUGUGUUCUACCAGUAACUAGCCUUGUACAUGAACCAGUACCAUUAAUAUUUACUACAGAAAUAUGUGUGCGCUACCAAUCACUAAUCGUUCAUGAGACAGUAUCAUUGAUAUUUACUAGAGAGUUACACAUUUACUGCCAGUCACUGGCAUUGUACAGUUAAUGGAAAUAUUGAUAUUCACUGCAAAAUAACAUUUGAAGCAAGGACGCAUGUAAUGAAUCAACUUGGACAAGUUACCUCAAGUUCAUUAGUUCAUAAAGCAGUUGAACAUGGAUUCCUUGUAUUGAUAUGUAAUUAAGAUUCCCACUAAUUAGUAUAUUGUCACUGGGUUUUUAUCCUGUCACAAAAAAAGUACUUAGUAGUCAAGUCACAUGGAACACAGUGAUAAACAUGUUUGGAUAUACAUGCAAUUCCUUGUAAACACAGAAUAUAACAGUAGUAAAACUCAGAUAUUUGUGAAAAGGUUAAAUGUUCAGCUGAAUAUAGUUCAUUUAAAAGUUAUCAAUAUACUGAAAUAAAAUUCAAACAGGUUCCAAAUGUAAAAUGAUAUAAACGUCAUGAGCUUUCUCCCCUUUUCAUUCUUAAAUCUCCUUUUAACCAUUCAAAAAUAUUUUUGUAUUGUCUUUUUACACGGAUUACAGUAUGUUUUUGCUACAUUCUGUGAUAAAUGAAAAAUCAAAUAUCAUAAAAGCAUGCAUAUUAGUUUCACCCUUCAGACAGUAAAUCUCCUUCACUUUUAUUGCUGUUUCAAGGAUUCGUUAGUAAAUCAGGAUUAGCAGGUGUAAUAUACACAGCAGGUUGAUGGCUUUAAUGUGUAGGAGAGCAUUAUUUUAAAUGUCAGUGUAAUUGUCAAAUAUUAGGAAAUUAUGAUGAUUUUAAUCACUAUGUAUGAAAGUAAAGUUGAUCUGUGUGUAAAAGAAUGAAUAUUUUUAUUUUUAGUGUUGGUUAAGACACAUUUACCCAGGUACUUCCAUCUUGUUGAUUUAUACCUUUAAUAUUUUUUUUACUCUGAAUAUACUUAAUUCAAGGUUCCUCGUACCACUUUAAGUAACUAACUAUGCACUGGAAUUGUUUUUUUAUUUCUGGCAUGACUAGACCUUUAUGAACAAAUUUCUGAAAAGAAACCGAAGUCCAGUGACACAUUCUCUAGACAUUUUUGGAAUUGAUAAGUCAUGAUUCUUUAUCUGUUUUUCUUGUAUUUCACCUGUAAAAUUUUGUACAAAUGUAUAUGUAAAGAAAAGUAGAUGUUGCUGACAUCCUUUUUUCACGAAAAAUUAAUAACGGUGAACUAAACAAACAAAUAAUCAUUGUGGAAAAAAAAUCAA